AUGAAAUAUUUUAGAAUACCAGCGGUGUUCACCGUCACGGAUCUUCUUCUUGACCGGCUGGCAGAGAGCGCUGCUUUGCAAAGUAUGCUAGAGGGCGUACUAAGCGAGUACUUCACGCACACUGAAUACACAGAAGGGGCCCUAUCCCAGGGUGCUAAGGAAGCGCUGAUGGCUUACUUGGAGCAGAGCAUGCUGCGCCGAAAUAUGCAGAAAAAUAGUGAAAAUCAAUUCGACUCGCAAGGAAGAACAGUGGAAGCAUGUCUUGCAGAGGAUCUGUGGAGCAUGGUUAUAUGCUACUCUAUUCGGGACAUUGACCCAGUCAGCAUACUCAUAGGCACAGAAGGAGAGGCAGCAGAUGUAACGGUGCCGUACGUUGUAGAAAUUGACGCAUUACGCCAAGGGUGUGAUGAGUGUGUAAAUAGGAUAGUGGCAAGCACAGUCAAUAAGUCAUUCUCCUUUUCAGGCCUGUGGUCUCUGGGAAAGGCACUGAUGAGUGAUGGAAAAACUCUGCUGAACAAAGCAUUCCUUCUGGGUGUAAUGAAUCCAGAGAAGGUUUCUGCGCUAGCAGAGGUAAUGAGAAGCAAAGGAAGGCCUCCAAUUCUAGCAGAGAUGCAGAUUCUAGGAAAGAUAAAAGAAGGAGAAGAGCCAGGAAAUGAGUAUGAAGAGUGUGCCUGCACAGGAUUUAUAGAACGACUAAGGUAUUUUCUCUUUCUAUAUAGAAAUAUAGAGAAUGUGUCGAAAGAAUGGAAAGACUUCUCUGUCUCUCUUGUGGUAAACCAGAUUAUGCAGCUGAACUGCAAAAAAGAAGCGGAGACUAGGGCAAUUCUUAACAUGCUUGUGCUGGAUCUGCUAGGGAAAAAAGAGGAGGCUGACAAAAGAAAACUCUUGCUAUUGGUGGACACAGCCUCAAUACUAGAAGGCUUGGUUGCAGACGGAAAUGUAAAUACACACGCAGUUACAGAAUACUGCACGCAUAUAUAUAAAGAGGCCGAACUACUAGGAAGAGGGCUGCCCUUAGUAAUUCGAGAGGAGCUAGUAAAAAGAAUAGUGGCGCUGCAUACUUCCAUGGGAAGCCCAACUGAUCUAGUUAAUGAUCUUGUAGAGAGUAGGAAUUGGACAGAAUAUGUGCCAAUAGUUGCAGAGUAUCACAGAUCACAGAAUACUCGCAUGGAAAUAACCAUAAGCAAAAAGGCACUUCCUGAAAUAAGCCUGUACAGAAGCAUAAAAAGGAAUUUAAAGAGAAAAAGAACAGUGGGUGCGUGCUUGGAAGAGGAUGCUCUGUAUGGAAAAAAGUAUGCAUAUAUAGAAUACGCAGACAAGUGUGUAAACACUCUGGAUAAGCUAUAUGCAGGAGAAAGAAUAGUAAUUGUCCUUAGAAAACUUCCAGAGUCUCUGAAUAGUAAGGCAGUGUACAUUAAAGUAGAUGCACAGAUGGUAAGAAUACUAAAUGGAAAAGUGAGAAUGCGUUUUGGAAACAUGCAGGAGAAAGAACGGAUAGUUUCUAUUACAGCAGUGGUAGUUGAAGUAGAUGCAGGCAUAAUUAAUAUUCCAGUAAAUUAUGAAUUAAGAGUACUUCCAACAAAGUACGUUAGGCCUGUACUACUAUACACUCCAGAAGUAUGUCCAUUUGGGGUGACAAAGGUAUGGGCAAAAGGCAUUGUAUCUAAAACAAAGGAGCUUUUUCUUUCAUGUGCGCGCACAGGGUACAAAUCCACAAAAAUACAAGUGUCUUAUGGAGAGGACAGUGCUGGCCGUAGGCUGCGCAUACACACACCGCAUGUGUACGCUGACAUGCCAAAGCACAAAAUAGCAUAUAAAGUGCUGAGCAAUUCAGAUAUUUCAUAUAGAAUCACAGGAAGGCAUGAAAAGGUUUGUGUGUACAAUGGAAGAAUAUGCACAAAAAGACAAAAGGUUCGGGUAAAUAGAAGAAGAGUGGCAAACCCUUGCGAAGAUGAUGCACUGGUUGAGACAGAGCAAAAAGUAAGCCCCGUUGAAGCAGGUAUUGCUGGCCUAAUCUUGCACAGUGAGCGCAAAGUAAACUGCACCGGCAUAGAGCAGGCAGUUCGAUACUAUCUCUACAAAAAAAAUGGAAUUUACAAGCUGCUAAAGCCAUUUAUGCAGAAGAACAUGUCUACGCUGCUUGACACACUGCCAGUAUGUGCUAGCCUUGCGCCUGUCCUCUUAGUGCAUGCAAAUAACACUAUUAUAAUGCGCCAAAUUCCACUAGAAAAAAGAAUAAGAAGCAGAUAUGGUCUGCUUGGAGCAUGGACAUCGAUGCAGACUCUUCUGAAAAACUGUCUAUUUGAAAGAAAGGCUCUUCAGAUAAAGCAGCUGUUUGCCACUCUUUCCGCAGAAAAUCCAGACGAAAACAUGGAGCAUAGGCAAAUCACGCCAAAAAGAAGAGUAUGGCAUACAAGCACAGCACUCGCGUGUGCAUCCCAGACAAGAGAUGGUGUGGUCAUAUACAUACAGAACUACUCAGCAUAUGCAAACAUAGUAUGCAUAAUAGGAAUGAAAAUAACAAAUGUACAGCCGCUGCAGACUGUAAUAUACAGAAGCCAAGAAUCCCUUGAUGGAAUAUCCAUCAUUAUGAAUACAGUGUAA